AUGGACGAGGAGCAGCGCAAAGAGAUUGAACUACUGCUGGAGAAUACCGAAAAGAACAACGACCACAAGUUGAAGAAGGUCAGUUCGAAGUGGCAGAGUUGGGUUUUUAGUUUGGGUUGGGUAGGGAGGGUAGGAUAGGGUAGGGUGGGGUAGGGUGGGGUAGGGUAGGGUAGGGUAGGGUAGGGUAGGGUAGGGUAGGGUAGGGUAGGGUAGGGUAGGGUAGGAUAGGGUAGGGUAGGGUAGGGUAGGGUAGGGUAGGGUAGAGUAGGAUAGGGUAGGGUAGGGUAGGGUAGGGUAGGGUAGGGUAGGGUAGGGUAGGGUAGGGUAGGGUAUGGUAGGGUAGAGUAGGGUAGGGUAGGGUAGGGUAGGGUAGGGUAGGGUAGGGUAGGGUAGGGUAGGGUAGGGUAGGGUAGGGUAGGGUAGGGUAGGGUAGGGUAGGGUAGGGUAGGGUAUGGUAGGGUAGAGUAGGGUAGGGUAGGGUAGGGUAGGGUAGGGUGUGUUAGGGUAGAACGCCAAAUAUAAACAGCAAACUGCCAAAAGUCGCGAAAUUUCGAAAAAAUGAAAAAAAUUUUAAAAAUUCGAAAGGAGUGUAAAUGCCCUAAGGGAAUCGCUGCAAAUUCUUUUUUUUUAUUCGCCCAUGAAUCCGUGUCUACAACAAAGGCAUGGCAUGGCGUGGGUAUUCGUGGAGGCAGCACCACCGUGCUCUCCAGCAACGCGACUUUCCUCAACAAGUCUUGAUUAAGCUACAGCAGGUAGAUCAUUAGAACCUUCUUUUUGAAUUUUUUAAAGUUUUAAAAUAUGCAAAGUUUUGGAAUUUAGUUUUUGAAAUACUAAAUUUUUGGGUUUCCAAUGGAUUUCAAUUUGUUUAUCAAGAUUUACUCUUUGAUAUAUGGCCCAAAGGAGGUUUUACUUGGGUAUAUUUGUUGUUCGCUGUGAUUUAUAGACAAAAUCUUGAGUUUUUGAUUAACUAAAAUGAGAAAUUUGUUUUUAUUUUUAAAAUUUUUAAAAAUGUGAAAAAGCAUGGAUGAUUUUUUAUCUUGAACAGUAAAUAUUUUCUUAAAACAUAUGUAUUCUAAAAUACAGUGAAAUCUGUUUCAAAAAAGUUUCGAAUAAGAAACAAAGAUAAUAACAAUGGUUCUAAUGGUCUACCCGUUUAGUACAGACGAGGAGGUGUUCGAUUUGUAAGUUAAAAGGGCUAGUUUUUGUUUUUCUAAGCUAUUUGUGAAUUGUACGGCGGUUUUAUAAAUUUAAAACUGGGUAAACGCUAUAUUAUUUACGAAUUUUACUUUUGCAGUCAUUUUUACUUUAAGUUUUCUUCAAGAUCUUUAAGAUUUUACCUUUUUAUCACCAAAAAAGUCAUUAGUUUUAGAUUUCAAUAGAUUUUUUUAUAAUAGGUUGUUCAAUUAAUCCUGUGCCUCCUAACUCCAAAAAUUUUUCUAGUGAAGAGGCACAGAAUUAUUUGAACAACUUAAUAAAAUACAGUUUAUAACGACGAUAUUUUCAGUACCUUCGCCUCGUUCUUCCCCAUGUCGCCCUUGUCCUCGUCGUUUGUAUAUACGCCAUGGUAGGGGCGUUUAUUUUUCAUGCCAUCGAGUCACCACAUGAAGAUAUGGUAAGUCAAUGUUAUUUUAAUGUUGGAAUUUUUUUAUUUAGUUUUGGUUUUCCGAAUACUGUGAAAAAUUUUUUAAAAAAAUUUUAAUUUAAAAAAAUAUAUUUUUUUAAUUUAAAAAAAAAAUUAUUUUUGUUUGAAAUGUCAGGGCAGGUAGCUAAAAAAGUUCAAUAUAAAAGGACUAAAGGCAACAUUAAAAAAGUUAAAAAAAAGGAUAUAAAUUUUUGGCGCGAAAAUGGAAAUUUGAAAUUUUUGGUAAAAAGUUUUGUAUUUUUAAAACCUUUUUUGUGAUAAAACUAAAAAAAAACAAACGUGAAGUCUAUGAGCAAUUCGUUAUUCAGAACUUUCAGGUAUGUUAAUGAAGUUUUCAUUUCAACGUGGAGCACGAUUUUAGUUUUGGCGCGAAAACAAAAAUUUGAAUUUUUGAACUGACAUUUUAUAUCUUGUCAAACCAAAAUUAUUGCCUACAGCUAGAAAAACGUUUUUUUAUCGGAACUCUAUUGUAGAAACCUUUAAUUCAAAAUUCCAGUUAAAACGAGACGGAAUCAACAAGAUCAAUAACGUCCGAUCCGACCUGAUCGAGCUGAUUUGGCAAAAAUCGGGUGGGUCAGGCUACGAAAAUCAAGAAGAAUGGAUAAGGCAAAUGAGUAGAGCGCUAGAGAAUUUCAAUCAGAAUCUGUACAAAGUCUACAAAGAUCAGUACGUGCGGUAUGGCGACGUUCGAAUGAGUAAAGCUGAACGUGAUCCUCGAGAGAAACGACAUCGUUCCUCGUCGAAGAGUCGUUCCGAAGCUGGUGGAAAGUUGUGGACGUCGUCUAGCUCAUUAUUCUUUGCGGCUACUACGAUGGCUACUAUUGGUAGGGUUUUUUGGUUGAUUUUUUGAAAUUUUAGGAGGAAUGCAAGGUUUAAAAUGGCAUUAUUAUGUACAUGUAUAUAUGACUCUUCAGGUUACGGAAACGUAGUGCCAGUAACAAUGAAAGGCCGUCUGUUUUGUGUAGCCUUUGCCUUGUUCGGAGCCCCUCUGGCCAUUAUUACCAUUGGUGAUUUGGGUAAAUUUCUGUCCGAGUGUACCAUCUGGCUGUACAAAAAGAUGGUUGAUGGAAAAAGGUGGUGCAAGCUGACGAUUAUUCGAAUGAUGAAUCGCAAUGACAAACUGGAUUCUGAAUUGGACACGGAGACCGGCGAAACGGGCGAAAAUGGUCGAAUCGACUGGGACGACUUCGACCGGACUGAAGUGCCGGUCAUUCUCGUCUUUGUUAUCUUGUUGGUGGGUUAUUGUUUGCUUUUCUUUAAGCUUUCAGGGGGGGGUGGGGGUUACUGUAGCUAAAAAAAAUUUGAUUUUUAUAAUUAAAAUUUAUUUUUAAAUUUUAAAAAAAUAAAAAUUUGUUUUGAAAGUGUAAAAUACGUCCUAAUCAAUUAUGGAAGUAAAUUAAGUAUAUAUAAAAGCAGAUUGUAAUAUAAUUGUUUCACAAUAAUAUAGACAUUUCCAGUUAUACAUAGCUUUCGGAGGCGUUUUGUUUUCGUACAUAGAGUCAUGGAGUUAUAUGGACGCUUUUUAUUAUUGUAAGUUUAUAGUUUUUUAUUAUGGUGACUUUGGAAAUUCUCUGGUUGUUCUAAUAGUUCUGUGCUCUUUAACCUCGAACAUAGGUUAACGCACAGAAUAUCAAAGCAAAUUUGCAGGAUUGGGGCACAGAAGCGCAAAGCGAUUUUUUUGGGUUAGGGGUGCAGAAUUAUUAAAACAACCUAAUAGAUGAUAAAAUAUCACUCAACUUUAAUUUAUUGUUUAUUGAUUUUGUAUUUUCAUAUUACUUUUAAAAAUUAAAGCCAAAAAAAGUUUUUUAGGUUUUGCACGGUGCAGUGGAAAGUUUUAUAAAUUGCACUGUGCGGACCCUUAAAAAUUAAAAUUAAAAAAAAAUUAUUAAAAUGUCUUGUAAAUCUUGAUUUUUAGGUUUUAUGUUGUUUUUUUUUGUGUUUUAAAACAAAAACUUAUCUUUUUUGCACUGUGCAAUCUUACUUUUUUAAUUUUGUUUUCACGGUGCAGAUUUUUCAAAAAAAAAUUUUUUCAAUAAACAUUUUUGUCAUUCUGGCUUUUAUAGCUUUUAUUUAGAGUGUCUUGAAGACACAUUUUAGGUUUUCAAAAAAGCGUUUUUUAGAUUUUGCACGGUGCAGUGGAAAAGGUUUCGUAAAUUGCACCGUGCAGACUGUUAAAAUUUGAAAUUUAAAAAUUGAAAAAUUAUAUAAAAAUGUCUUGUAAAUUUUGUUUUUUGGGUUUCAGUUUAGUUUUCUGUGUUUCAAAGCCAAAAUUUCAUUUUUUUAAUUGUUUGCACUGUGCAUUUUGUUUUUGUUUGGACGGUGCACUUUUAAAAAAGUCUUUUUUUUUAAAUCAUAAAAAUUUUUGUAAAUUUUGUAAAAAACUAUAUUUUAUCAUUUAUAUAAUUCCAGGUUUUGUAUCACUAACGACAAUCGGGUUUGGGGACUUGGUCCCCGAAAGACAUGAAUAUAUCUUGUUAAUGCUCAUUUAUCUUGGUGUUGGACUGGCGGUGACGACGAUGUGUAUCGACCUGGUCGGCAUCAAAUACAUUCAGAAGAUUCAUUACUUCGGUCGCAAAUUCCGCGGCACCGACAUUCUGCAGAUGCUGAAGAGGCGGCGAAUGAUCGAACGAAAGCUGGCCAUGGGUAAUACGGAAGAUGUCAUGCAGAUGAUUCAUCAUGUAGUGCAGGAACAGCAAAAGUAAGUCGGGUUAAGGAGGAUUGUUUAGGAUAGGGCAGAGUAGGGUAGGGUACAGUAGGGUAUGGCACGUAAAAUAUAGCAUUCUCACAUUAGCCUAAAUUUAAAAUCACGUCUACUACAAUAUAAUCCUUUAAGAGAAGUACAGCAAGCCAAGCCCCCACCACCCCAACUAAACAUCAACUCAGCCAACGAGUUAUGGCAACAUGAUGACCAAGAGAAGGCUUCUCUACGAUCAGAUGACGAAGUGUCAUCGUGGAAAGCCGACGAAACAUUGGUCAACACAGAAUUGAACCAAGCCGGGAUAACUGGCGAUGAACUGAUGGCAGAAGAGUCUGUCAUCGGAAUGUCAUCACUCGAACCCAUGACCGAUUUGGCUACAUCAGCUGAUGUGGAAGGUCAUGAUGAACAUUACGCUAAGCUGAUGUCACGGCCAGAAACACCUCUGAGUAACUCAUCAGAAGCUGGUCGAGACUGGAUGUACAACAAUUGGGAUGACAAUGAAGAUCGGGCUGGAUCGGACGUGUCUGGUCCAGCUAUGUCGGACCAUUGCAGUAUACACACUUCACCUUCUGUUUGUGAACGGGAGCGAAUGUUCGAUCAGGAUCACUCACCUCAGGGAUCCGUCACCAGCUUCAAGUUCUCGUUCGAUGGGCCUUGGCCUAACUUGAAGGAAAUUGGUAGGUGUCUGCAUUGUUUUAUGUAGCGUAGGUUAGAGGGUUUUCCUCCGCCUUAAUAUGUUAAUAUCCCCACCAUUUCAGCUACCCAAGCCCGCUCAGCCCGCCGUCUAGUGAGUUGUCCGGGCGACAUCGAACGGCCCAACUCUCCGACCUUAUACAACGCCGUCCAAGGCACCGAAUACUUCCUCUCACAAUCUUGCUCAUCCCUCUCUUCGAAUGUAAGACGACACCACUCGGAGUACAGUAUCCCUUCCCUCUUCCCUCGCUUAUUGUUACCUGCUUCUCAUCCUGUCCUACUGUACCUUUCCCGCCGCUUUCCCCCUUACCUAUUGUCCCAUUUGGCCGCUGUUUCCGAGCUGGAGCAAGGCCAAAUGUUAUUAGAGUUUCGACAACAUCCACACGUUCGAAUGUUUCUGGAACAGCUAGUCCAGCCCGAUAUUGUUCAUGCCUUUCCCGUCGCUUCCGCUUUCUCUGUCAUACCCAACGAAGCGACCCGAAAGUCGCGAGUACUAGAGAUGUUCACGGCAGUACGCAAACGCUGCUCUUUCGUACCUACGCUGAGCACGAUAAAGAUGGCUACACAGUUGACCGGAGGCAAUAUUCAAAUGAAUGCGAGUACCAGUACGAGUGGUACUGUUCCGCAACCAGAGCCAGUACUAAAGAGGAAGAAGAAGGCGCGGCAGGCGAGGAACAAGGACCCGAUCGUGGAGAUGGACUGGCUCAACAUAUCACCCCGCUACUUGAUAGUGAACCAGCAUGAGGACAUGUCGAGUAUAGCAUCAGUGCCGAAAGAUGCCGCUUAUCACAACGCUUCCAACUUUUAGACGGUUCGCUUUUGUUUUCGGGUGUGGUGGCGUGGUUUCUUUGAUUUUGUUGUGAUUUAUUUAAAUUUUUUACUUAAUUUUGUGAUUUCUAAUUGUUUUGUGAUUGUACCAAGUGUAAUAUGACACUUUAACACAGCCUGCUUUGCCUCUAUUUGCUCUGUCACUUCCUGCACUUCUACGAGUGGAAAAACUUAUAUUAUAGUAGAUUAUAAUUAAUAUUAUAUUAAUUAUAUAUUAUUAUAUUAAUAAUAUUGAAGUUGAUUGUUACCUAAAACACCAAAAACGAUGGAAAAAUUUAAUAUUUUACUUUUAGCCGGCAGCUGUUACUUGUAUUGAAGACUGGAUUUCCUAUGUACAGCUACUCGACGACGUACAACAACCUCUUUCUCGUGUUCGGUAAGUUACUUUGUACUUAAUCCAUCAGUAAUUUGAAAAUUUUUUAAUCUUAACCCUUUACUCAAUUUCACACUCUUCUAACCCUAACACCACCCCCUUCAGCUCCCCAAUCUACCCCUAUAUCGACGAAAUUUACCCUCACACCGAACUGCCCUUUGUGCCAUUCGUAUGGCCACCCAAAACGGGUUCCCCUGACGUACAGGUGCUUUCCCCCGUCUCACCCCAGGACGUUGCCUCGCCCGUGUUGAACUCGCCCAUACCCACGUUUGUCGCCGCCACCCUUCAAUCUCAGGCCAACGUCGCCACGCACCCGGAGCGGGUCGACGAAAAAGCUCAGGUCAAAUGCUACACUGCCUUCAAGGGACCCAUGCCCAUCAAGCUGCCCACGCCCGAACCCUCCGAAGACACGUCCAGGUACGUUGACCGGUUGUUGUGUGAGAUAGGGAGACAGGGAUAGUGUAAUAUCGAAUAUGGGGUACUAUAAUAUCUGAUAUAAAGGAUAACAUCGUUUUUCACUGAAUGUUAUAGUUAAGAUAGUCAUAUGACAACUAACAAUCCACCCUUAACCUCUAUUACCCUACCGUUGUGCCUAACCCCACCCUCUUAUUUUAGUUCACUUCUUCACGAUACCUCUUCUAGUUCCUCCUACACCACCUCGCCCCUCUUUGACAUUGAUCUGGGCGGCUUUGAGUUGGUGGACAGCGGCCUUUCGGCCGAAGCCCUCCUCUCCACCGACGAUCCCGUCAUCUACCACCGUGAUAUGCCCGUUCACAGCGUACAUCACGAUACAGUACAGACCGAAGCGGCCUUGGAAAACCUGAUGAAUGCCCCAGAAAGCAUGCUCAGCAACUCAGUACCACCAACAAUGGUUGCGGACAACUAUUGCUUCAUCGUGGACGGUGAUAAGAUCCGCAUGGGUGACAUCAUGGGCGACGACCAGUGGUGGCGACACACCUCACGACCCACGAAGUACUUUUACAGUGAAGACCUGAGGAAGUUUUACAGAGUAAACUGCAUCACCGCCCGAGGCAAGAUCAUCUCGGCCAAGCUGGCCACAACUACUCCCAUGUCGGGUGGAGCUAGCCUAGGAAUGCCACCGAAUCAAGCCGGUCCAUCAACGAGUUCUAGUCUACCAACAACAGCAGCCGCCUCCAGUGCCACCACACCAAGGUCUUCAAUGUCGGUAACCAGCAGAAGUCAGCGAGGCGAGAAAGUACCAUUAGAACAUGUGUACAAGGUGAUACGAUUCUACAGCUUCUGGAACACCUGCACGUCUUUCCAUCGCAUAGUAACCAUGAUAGAUAGGAUAGUAACGGCGGAUAAGAACGACAAUGUCAAGAUGGACUUUAAAAGAAGGCUGUUUGUGCAAUACCUUUGGAGAAAUGCCAAACCAUCUGAUAAGGCCCGGGUUCAGAAGGAAUUCGAUCCCAGAAGGCAGCGGCUUCUACGGUUUGUCACUAGUCCGGCUGAAAGGAAAAAGGUCCGUUUAUGGCCAUUUUAAUUAUAUUACGAGGUUUAUAUAUCGAUAUUUACACAGAUUUUACGUUAAAAUUAAAGUAAAACACCUAAAACACAAUUACUGUUUCAAUAUUAUGAUAGAUUUUCCAAAAAGACAUUAUUUUAGAUUAUCCAAGCAAAAACCUUUUUAAAUUUAUUAUUCUGCAACCUCCAGAAAUUUGAAUUGAUAGUUAACACUCCCAAAACAUCCUUUUUCAGAUGCAACAACAAUAUCAACAACAACAGCAACAAAACGCGCAACAACCAUGGGCUCGCGGGAGAUAA